GCGGAGCAGCGGCGCCGGACGGGCCAUGGCGGUCGAGGGCGGGAUGAAAUGCGUGAAAUUCCUGGUUUUCGUCUUCAACUUCAUCUUCUGGGUAUGCGGCGUGGCCCUCAUCGCCAUCGGCAUCUACGCCCAGGUGGCCCUCAAUAAGGCGCUGGCCGUCAGCAGCGCCUCCGCCUCCAGCACCCCCAUCGCCAUCCUGGUGCUGGGCAUCAUCAUCUUCUUCAUCUCCUUCUUCGGCUGCUGCGGCGCCUGGAAGGAGAGUUACUGCAUGGUCACCACGUUCGCCGUCCUGCUCAGCAUCAUCUUCCUGGUGGAGAUCGCCGCCGCCAUUGCCGGAUACGUCUUCAAGGACAAGGUCCGCUCGGUGCUGGAGGACGGGCUGUGGGACGCCAUGCGCAAGUACGGGGAGGACGAGCCCUUGACGGAGGCGGUGGACGAGCUCCAGAUGGAUUUCGCUUGCUGCGGAGCCAACAACUACACGGACUGGGCCACCAUCGAGCGGUUCAGGGUCAACGACACGGUGCCCCGGUCCUGCUGCCGCAUCAACACCACCUCCUGCAACGUCCACCCCAGCCCCGCCACCAUCUACGAGAAGGGCUGCCUCCAGAGCAUCGAAGCCUGGAUGAAGAAGAACAUCCUCGUCGUGGCCGCGGUCGCGCUGGGCAUCGCCUUCUUCGAGAUCCUGGGCAUCAUCUUCGCUUGCUGCCUGAUGAAGGGCAUCCGCAGCGGCUACGAGGUCAUGUAGCCCCCGGCGGGUGCCGCGGCCCCCCCGGCUCUCGCUGCCCCCCGCUCGGGGGCUCUGGGGACCGCGGGGGCUGCUCCCGCUCGCUUGCCCUCUGCAAGCUCCUCCGGGGCAGGGCCCCAUGUGCCAACCCCCCCCGGGGGGUCGCUGCCAUUGGACCCCUCCCCGUGUGCUGGCGGGGGCCGGGGGGGCCGGGGGAGCGUCCCCGGGUUUGGAAAUAAAGCGAAAAGCUUCCGUA